CGUAAUCCGACUUCAAGAUUUCUACGCAAAGUACCGUUCACUGAGCGAUAUUUUGGGCGUUUUAAUAAUGAAAAAAUUCAUCAAUGAGUACACGCUCAAAUAGAAAUCCACAUUCAUAGUUUUUAGGUGCAACAUCAGUUAAAAGCAAAAGGAUAUAAAUACGGUUCGAUUGGUGUAGUUCGCAGCACGAACAAAACCGUGUGACUGCGACAUUAGAUCUGUCAAACGUGUCGGGUGUCGUGUUCGUGUCUGUCAUCAACAGAAAUGAUCAGAAAACCCGAAGAAAAAAGGAAAAAACCUCUGUUCACGCCGUAAUCAAAUCAGUAUGGAAUAGUUCAGUAGUGUUAGUAGAUUCGCUAAACCUGCUUCCAAUCGAACAAAAAAUAGUGGUAGAGAAAAAAAAUCAACGUACACAUAAAAUAGUUUCCAUUCAAUACGGCUGACUGCAGCGACGGCGGCUGCGACGCACUGCAAAUUGUCUACAUGGCAAAGGGUAGCCACACGAUAGGCUUCAAUCGUUUUGCAUUUGAAUAACAAUAGGAACGAAUGCCUCGUCGGUGUUAGGUAUAUACCAAAAUAGCUCAACUGGAAAGAAAAAGAAUCACACUUUUCACAAUCACAGUCAGAGAGAAUCUUCAUCAUCAGUGUUGUCAAAAUCAAAACCUGGUAGGCUGCUAUUAUCACCUCUAUAAGAUCGCAAAUGAAGGGAAAUUUUCCGCCCACUCCAUCAGACCAACUAAAACGAGAGGAAGCAGUCUAGAUUCCGAGUGCUUAUUUGUUUGGGUGCGAAGAAAAAAGGUACCAGACGGGCUAAUCUGCCUAUACUGGUUGGUGGUGAUAACAAAACUCUGAAAAAAACGAACGUACACGUCACUCUUUUCUACAGCGAUAUGGUUUAGGUUUAACUAAAAAGUAAUUCCAUUAGUAAAGUUCCUAUAAGCCGAAAACGUAUCCAGUGUCAAAAUAUUUCGGUAGUUUUUAUGCAUUUUUAAAAUAAACCAUGAUUCUUCGGCAGCUAGCGGGAUGGAACUGGCUUCGCGGACUGGCGAUCUUUAUUACUGUGUGGGUGGUUCUGGUGGUAAUUUUCUACUCAAAGCUAAACACGGGAUACGGCGGGGAAGGGGAAGACACCAUCCGCCGGCUUAAUCAGGCGCUGGAUUAUCUGGAGAAAUCCAAACAGGUCGAUCAAGAGUUGCGGAAUUUGAUCGACGAUUACCUCAUCGAUACGUCCUACAAUCGGAAGCAAAAGUUCGUGGACGAACUUGGCAAUAAGUUGCAGAUCCACGGGGCGGGUGCAGGACGGUUCCGAGGGGUUCCCUCGCUGGAAUACGAGCAGCUGAGACGGCGAGUUUACAGCAACACCGAAGAACUGUGGAACUAUUUACAUUCCGAAGUAGAAAAAGCGGCCAAAGUUGUGCGACGUAGCUCGACGGACGUUGCAGCUCCGUUGGACAAUUUCCUAGCUCUUGCCAAGGAACACAAGCGUUCGCUGUUGAAUGAUAUGGAGCUAAUGCGGGCAAGCGAUGGGUACGAAUUCUGGCGAUACAAGGAAUCGAAGGAUUUGAGUGAUUUGGUUCAGAAGCGACUCACCUUCCUGCAGAAUCCGGAGGACUGCAGCUCCGCCCGUAAGCUGGUCUGUCGGCUGAACAAAGGCUGUGGCUACGGCUGUCAGCUACAUCACGUCGUUUACUGUUUCAUUAUGGCCUACGCCACGCAACGAACCCUGAUUCUGAAAUCGAAAGGAUGGCGUUAUCACAAAGCUGGCUGGGAGGAGGUGUUCCAGCCCCUUUCCGAUACCUGUUUGGAUGCGAACGGAGCGACCCACGCAAGCUGGCCGGGCACACGGGACACACAGGUGCUGACGGUGCCAAUUAUCGACUCGCUGAACCCCCGGCCACCCUACCUGCCGCUGGCCAUUCCGGCCGAUUUGGCCCCCCGGCUGAUGAAACUGCACGGCGACCCGAUCGUGUGGUGGAUCGGUCAAUUUCUGAAGUACCUGCUCAAGCCGACCGGCGAAACGCGUCAAAUGCUGGAGAAUGGGAUUGAGAAGCUGGGCUUCCGGAAGCCGAUUGUCGGGAUUCACGUAAGACGAACGGAUAAGGUUGGAACGGAGGCGGCCUUUCACGGAAUUGAAGAGUACAUGAUGGCGGUUGAUGAUUAUUACGAUCAGCUGGAGAUGGUGGAGUCGGUUGACAAGCGAAGGGUUUUCGUUGCCAGUGAUGAUCCGAAGGUUAUCGAGGAAGCCAAAACCAAGUACCCCCACUACGAAGUGAUUGGAGAUCCCGAUGUGGCCAAGGUAGCGGCCGUUUCAACCCGGUACACAGAUUCUUCGCUGAACGGCAUCAUACUGGACAUCCAUUUGCUCUCGCUGAGCGACUAUCUGGUGUGCACCUUCAGUUCCCAGGUGUGCCGCGUGGCUUACGAGAUAAUGCAGACCAUGUAUCCGGACGCGUCGAACCGAUUCAAAUCACUGGAUGACAUCUACUAUUACGGAGGCCAAAACGCUCACAACAGAGAGGUGGUGCUGCCGCAUAAUCCGAAAAAUCACGACGAAAUCCACCUGCGCAAGGGUGACCUGGUGGGAGUGGCCGGCAAUCAUUGGAACGGAUUUUCUAAGGGUAAAAAUGUCCGCACCAGCCAGGUCGGUUUGUUCCCAUCGUUCAAAGUUAACGACAAGAUCGAGGUGGUAGAUCUGCCGACUUAUCCUAACGUGAAGUGAGCCGGCUUUCGCAUCUUAACCCUCCACUAACACUGGAAUGUGGCUCAACUGGAACGUGAACUCCACUCGGAAGUCGGAAAUAGUAGACCGAAACGGCGCAGCCGUGAGAAAACGGGUUGGCAUUUAGAGAAAACAUUGAAUCAUUCACAAAAAAAUGUUAUGUUUUAAGGUAAGUAACCCGUGGCAGAAUAGAAGCAGUGAUCAAUAUGUGCGUGUGCGUGUUAGAAAUAUCAGAUUCAAAUGCAUUAGUAGAACGUAAAAAACCUGCAGAUUUAAUAGCUUUUAAAGGAGCCGAUUGAGAGAUAAAUAAAUGUAUAUGUAUUUAAGACAGGAAACAGCAAACGACCUACCAACAAGUUAAGCAUUAAUUUAUACAAACGAACAAAAAAAAAGCAGUGAAGCAAUUACCAGAUAUGUUAACAAAAAGACUAUCCUGUGAGUCUUGUGUAAGUUAUAUGAUGGGGUGAAAUCCAACUGUAGUUGUAAAUAAUCGUAAAUAAAUCUGGUUAUUCGC